AUUUAUGAGUACCUAAAUAUUUUUGUUUUCCAUUUAUUUUUGUUUACAUAUUCUUGAGGUUUUGUCGUUGUUUGAAGCAUUAGAUAAAUCAGUAUAUAUUUUCAUGACCGAAGUGAUCAUUUAUGCUUGCUACUGAUUCGUUUUUAGUAAUGACGUCAUUAGCUUUAAAAAUGAAACGAAUCCAUUUUAAAGCCUCAAAGUUAAACUAAUUGGCAUGUCAAAAGUUAUUGUUGUGUGUAGUGUGUGAGCUGUGGUAGUGUGGCUGAAAUCUAAUUGAUUUCUUGCCAUUUUCUAGACAAUUUGUGGCAGUUGUGACUGUCGCUCUGCGUUGUGAUAACUUCAAAGUCUAGUCAAACUCUAAGCAUAAUGGCAGCCCUGCGCCAGACCCCCUUGACCUGCAGUGGGCACACUAGGCCAGUUGUUGACCUGGAUUUCAGCAGUAUUACCCCUGAGGGAUAUUUUAUGGUCUCUGCAUGUAAAGAUGGAAAGCCAAUGCUGCGCCAGGGCGACACCGGUGACUGGGUCGGCACAUUUGAGGGCCACAAAGGUGCAGUCUGGGGUGUGGCGCUCAACUCAGAUGCUAGCCGUGUGGCUACUGGAGCUGCUGACUUCACAGCAAAACUCUGGGAUGCCCAAACUGGCUCAGAGAUGCAGGGCUUCCAGCACAAGCACAUUGUGAAGGCGGUGGACUUUUCGCCAGACUCCUCCCUCCUUCUCACUGGCAGCAAUGAGAAGAUCUUGCGCAUCUUCGACCUGGCCAAGCCAGACAGUGACCCUCAGAUGUUCACUGGUCACACUUCCAACAUCAAGAAGGUGAUGUUCCUGCCCGGUGGUGAUACGAUCCUCAGUGCCAGUGACGACAAGAGCGUACGCGUCUGGGACCGACGCACCGGUCAGGUGGCUCGCUCUGUGGAGCUGCCGGCCAUGCCGACUGACGUCGAGGUCCACUCGGACGGCUCCACUCUCACCGUCACUCACGGCAAGACCGUCAGCUUCCGCUCCAUUGAGAGCCUGGACGAAGUGCGUGUCUACACAGCACCCACCCAGCUGUUCUCUGCCUCCCUGCACCCGUCCAAGUCUGUCUACGUGUGUGGAGGAGACGACUUCAUCAUGUACAAGUUCGACUACGCCACUGGCGCAGAAAUUGAAGCCUGCAAGGGCCACUUCGGACCGGUGCAUAUCGUACGGUUCAGCCCUGAUGGUGAGCUGUACGCGUCUGGCUCGGAAGACGGCACCCUCCGUCUGUGGCAGACCACCGUCGGCAAGACCUACGGUCUCUGGAAGUGUGUCGAGGCCACCAUCGAAGGCAAGCAGGAACAGACGGCUGCGUAACUGGUGAUGAUGACAGAGAAUGUACUAGGAAGGAUGGAGGAGCGAAGAGAGGCUAAGGCAAGGCAGGGGGAGCGCUUGGUCACACGAUAGCGGAUUCCGAGCAGCCCGCUGCUGCGGAUCUUGAGUCCCGAGUACUGGCUGUUCAGUACGCGGUUCUUUUGCACGUACCGCGACUGCCACACGGCCUUGCUCUUGCCUCUUCCGCACGGAAGCUAGGUCAGUGGCGCCAAGCGGCAAAAACGCUGGGGCUGGUUAAGCUCCCGCGGUUUAUCAGGUCCCCGAACAGUAUUUGGUCCGGGUGAGGGAGGCCCUCCCUUUGCGUCGACGAACCCCGGUGGCGGUGCAACUUGCGGCGAGGCUAAGCCAACCGCUGAAAGACAGCGCUCAGUGGCGCCAUCUAUCACGAAUAGUGCUCAGUGGCGCCACCUAUCUCGUAAUAAAGCGUUGAGCAGCGCCACCUAUUUCGUAGAGCUAUAGUUGCGGCGACACGUCUGCUGAGCAGGUAAAGACGUGCUGGUGCUUGGCUAUUUUUGUACUGUUAAGUCCGAAAUGUCGACUAGCGACAGCCGGAGAUAUAUGAUAUUGAUGGACGCGAUGCGUCACUGGUUCUGGUGUAAUACAGUGGUUCAGGUG